GUUAACUCCCACCUAAUUUUCCCCUUUACUUGGCAAUUCAACCCUUUUCUUUACAGCCUCUGGCUUCUCAAUCAACCUCCAAUUAAACAGAAUGUCAGAACUACCUUUUUCCCCUGUAGAAAAGCUGCUCGAGAACCAAAAACAUUUCCAAAACAUUCGUAAGCAAAUUCAUCUAAAAGGGCGCUAUGAUAAGAUGACAUCAGUUGCCAUUCCGCUUGCUUUUGCUGCUGCAUCCAUUUUUCUAAUCGGCAGGGGAAUCUAUAACAUGUCCCAUGGCAUUGGGAAGAAGGAAUGAGUUGGUAGUUCAAAGUUCAAACUUAAGAAAAUAAAGACUGAAAACAAAUAGGAGUACUCGUAUGUGUGCAUCGCCUUUGAUUUCUCCUGGUUUGAACUAAAAGCUGCGGUUUCCAAAUUUUUGCUAUUUGCUAACCUAGUAAGUUUUCAGCAAUUUUUGAUGCCUCAUUAAAUUACCUUUUGGAGUCACUCUGUUUGAGAAAAUGAUUUUGGCACACCAAAAGUUGAUUCAAGGCGGACCUCGUGUUAGAACACAGUUUUAUGUGCUCUACUCACAAAGAGGUGUGUCAAAAUCAAUUUCCUUUUGUUUGCCUUUUGAUUUCAAUGAUAUGUAGUAUCAACCUUCUCUUUAUGCAAGUACUCUAGGCACAGCUCUACUUGAAUGGUGUCUUUGACAUAAUAAUGUUGGUCAAAGUGGAAGGCGUAAACAAGAUUUAAUACUUGCAGCAAUAGAUGUCCUUUGUCAACCUCAAUCCCUAAUUGGCAAUAGAUGUACGGAGUACUAAAAUUGGGACUUAGGUUUUCUUUGAAUGAUUAAGGAGCUGAAUACAUAAAUAUUUAGUCUAAAGUUUAACAAAAUUCAAAUUUUUUUUUUUUUUUGCUCCACGUUGACUAUAUAUUAU